UUUUUAAAUUUUAUUGAUAUUAUUUUUCGAAAAAAUCCAUAAAUUAUCACAGCUUAGGUAUGCAGAUUGGCGGUUGUAUAAUGGAGACGGGUGAAAUCCCUCUAGAUGAUAUGGGUGUUAUUGUUAAACGUGAACCAAAAGAAUCAUCACCAUCGGUAUCGCUUGAAGAAAAUGGCAUUGAUGGUAUUGAAUCUCCAGAUAUUGAUCGUUGGAGUCUUGGCAGUUUUACUAUCAAAAAUGAAUCACCAUCAUAUAAUGAAAUUGAUGCGGCAACAGAUAUCUCUGAUACAAACAUCGACGAAGAUAUAAUUCAACCGAUUGUAUCUGUAUCUGUAAUCCAUAAAAAUGAAAAUCAUUCAAAAAAGUCCAACACAUCAGCAACCAAACAUGAAUUACAUCAAAUCAAAAAAUUACAAAUGAAAAAACAAUUAAAAUUUCAUUUAGAAUCACCAGCAUCAGCGAAAAAAAACCAUUUACAAGAUGAAAUUUAUAAACAACAAAAUGCAUUAAUACAAAAAGAAGAACGUAAUAAAUUCUUUGAUACAGAAAAAUUAUCAAAAAUGUUUUCAAUAAUUGCACCAAAACGUGAAAUCAUUGAGCCUGAAACAACCAUCACAUCUGCUAGAGAAAAUAAUUUAGAAAGUUUACCAAAUGAAUCAAUAAAAAAUUGGUUACAACGGAUAACACAAUUACAACAAAAUAAUCGCCCAACAUCAUCGUCAACAAAUAAUCAUAAUAUAUUGGAAAUAACACCUGAAAUCAAUAUAAAACAACAUUCUCUGCCACUCCUGACAACAACAUCUGCACAAACAAAAUUAAUAACAGACCCUAAAAGGAAGAUCCAGUCCGCCUCAACAAAUAUUAUCAUCCCACCUCAACAAGCACCUCGAGUUGUCAAUUAUCGUGAUCUACCUUAUAUGGGUGAAAUGACAUUAGAUAAUUGUAAACCAAGACGUGGACGUAAACCUAAAAAAGCUGAUAUAUGUCAUUUAAUUUAUAAAAAUUACGGUACAAUCAUACCAGGCAACCCACAAAAUGAACCAAAUAAUCUUAUUACAACAACACAAAUAACAAAUAACAAUAAUUUAAUUGAAAAUAAUGAAAAAAAAUUAGAAAAUUCAACAUGUCGAAGUGAUGUACAAAAUAAAAUUAUUAGUAGUUUAUUAGAAAAACGUUUAACAUUAGAAACAAAACGAACUAAAGAAACAAUAGCACGUGAAUUAAAAAUUAAACCGGAAGAAAAAUUAACAACAACUCCAGUUUCAACAACUACACCGAAUAAAGGUGAAGAGCCAUUAAAUUUAUGUAUCCGGGAUUUAAAUCAAUUAAAAAUUCGAUUAUUAAGACGACAUGAUAAUAUUUAUGAAUCUCAACAAAAACCAAAAAUCAAACAAAUUGAAGUUAAAUCCGAACCACAAAGUGACGAUGAUGAAGAUGAUGUUGAAUUUAUUACCGAAACUAAAACACCAACAAGUCCAAUUUCACCGGAAAAUAUUAAAGAACCAAUUGAUAAUGAUUCAGCAUCCUCUUAUGUGCUAUGGCCGAAUUCCAAUGGUGUUUUUGUUCAUCCAAUGGCAUUACAAUCACAAAUGUUAUAUUAUCAAAAAUUAGUAACCAAUAAUAACAAUAAUAAUUAUAUUUUACCAAAUUCUCGACCAUCGAGUAAUGCGUCCAGUAAUAGUUCUAUAACAAUUACAAAGAAACCAGAAAAUGUUCCCGUAGAGAAUCAUGAGAAUAAAGUAAAACGUAGCAAUAGUAAUACUCCAUCAAAUAAUUCAACAGCGCCACCAACGAAAAGAAAACGUAGCGCAAUUUUCAUUCCACCAAUUCCAACAGAAAAUCAAACAAAUCCAGCUACCGAGGUCAGUAUUUGUAAAUUUAAAUUUACAGGCGGUGCAAAACCAAGUUUACAAGAGAAAAAAAUGUUAUCAGUUGAUUCUGGUGGUAAUUUUCGUUACUAUAGUGGUACUGGCGAUAAAAGUAUGCGUGGUUAUGAAUUUUUCCCGCGUGAAACAUUACAACAACAAGCCAUUGGACAGAAUACAUCAAGUUCUGGUGUUUUUUUAAAUGCAAGUGGGGAAAAAAUACAACUACCAGCGAAUCUUGAAGAAAAUUCACCAGGUAUACGUCCACAUUUUUUAUUAUCUGGUGAUCCAUUAUUAUUAAAUACCGAUUUAAACACUCAACAGUCAUUGAAUGCAGCAGAACUACGGCAGAAAAAAAGAAAAACACGCAAAUCAAUACAACGGGAAAAAUUAGAGCAAACAUUUAAAGAAAAGGGUUUUCUAAUACAAACACAACAGUUAGAAUCAGCUGAAGGUGCAACUUAUUGUAAAUUUAGACAGUUAAGAAAAUUUACACGUUAUCUAUUCCGUAGUUGGAAAGAUUAUUUACCGGGUAAUGUGCGUGACAUGCAAAAUAUGGAAAAUAUGGCGGCUGUGGGUGAUGCUAAUCAUUUAGUGACUGAUAAAAGUGAUGACGAUGAAUAUGAUAUUCUUAGUAAUCAGGGACCAAUUGUAGAUGAAAUUAGUGGAUCAAAUAGUGAUUUAACAAUAAAUUUACCUGAUAGAACUGAUAGUCCUUAAAGUUAAUAAUUCAAUAUUUUUUAAAAUAUCAUUUGUAAAUAUUUUAUAUUUAUA